AUGUAUGUAGCAUACGCUAUAAGUAAGCCAGUAACAUCUCCGACAUUCAUACCAAACAGUGACAGCAGAGAUCAAGGAGAGACACAGUUCAGCGCCUGCACAGAACAACAGAAAAUCAUGAACUCCGCCAAAGUCUUGUUCCUGAUCGCCAUCAGCAUCGCAUGUUCCUUUGCAAGUAACAAAAGAGGUCGUAGAUCAGCAUCAACAUCAACAUCAACAUCAACAUCAACAUCAACAUCAUCGUCUUCAUCUUCGUCUUCUGAAGGUUCUGGUGACCCUGGGCUACAAGGACUAAUUGAAGGCUUCGCCCAAGAAUGCGUAGGAGAUGCCUGUGUCCCCUUGGACGGUGUAGCAGUCGAGGUCGAUCCUCCUGUUAUCGAUGCUGGCGAGCCUGCUCAGUAACCUUACUGAAUGUUUGAAGCAUGGUCCUUUUGACCAUUUUGGCCCUUCUGGUGUUACCGGUGAACUAUUACACUGUUCAAGAGC